AUGCGCAUGCUCUGGGAACAGAACGUGGGUAAAAUUGUCAUGGUGACAAAUCUGAUCGAAGCAACUAAGAUGAAGUGCAAACAGUACUGGCCGAGCGAAGGCUGUACGCGGUUUGGUGUCAUUGAGGUUACCCUGCUUGACGAGGAGGUAUACGCGAAUUGCGCAAUUAGAACACUGGAGCUAAGUCACACAAAGGCUUGGCCAGAUCAUGGGGCACCUUCCGAUGCCACAAUUCUGCUUGACUUUCGAGAUAAGGUUCUGGAGUACAACUCGACUUUACCUGGACCAAUUCUCGUCCAUUGCAGUGCUGGGAUUGGACGCACGGGAACGUUCAUAGCUCUGGAUUACCUGAUCAAUCAGGCUAAAGAAGAGAAUGUGGUGAAUGUGCCGGCCUGUGUGAUGAUUCUGAGACAGCAGCGGGUCAACAUGGUGCAGACACAGGAACAGUACGAGUUUCUACACGCAGCCCUGGGAGAAGCCUUGAAAUUCAGCGACACUUCAAUUCCAUCUGUGAACUUUGCCACCGUGUACUCUGACCUUUGCACUGUCGACCCCGAGACCGGACAGUCCAAGAUGGUCGCACAGUUUGAGGUCCUCCGGGAACUCUCACAACCCGCGAGCAAGAUGCAAGUGGAAUCCGCCAGACAUCCGGACAACAUUUCCAAGAACAGAUACUCCAAAUUUUUAGCCCAGUGUUACAACAUUGUCCCCACGUUGUUCGUGGUUCUGUCUUUGGAAUUUAUGAAGUCUAAGCCUCAUGAACAGUCAGUUGAUAGCUGCAGGCCAUACCUGUCCACGCCAGUGUCCGGCUGUAACGACUACAUCAAUGCUGUGUAUCUUCCGGGAUACAAACAAAAGAGGGGUUUUAUCCUAACUCAGACUCCUCUACCCAACACGGUCGUGGAUUUCUGGCGUCUGGUCUAUGAUCACAAAGUCAGUACCAUCAUCAUGUUGGACCGCGUGAAAACAGGAGAUAAGGAAGAUAAUGGAAAACCCAAAGCAGGGAAUAAGAAUGUUGGGGUGUAUUGGACAGAUAGGAAGGAAACGUUUAAACCGUUCGAGAUGGAGGUGACAGAUGUUGACCAGAGAGCGGAAUUCUCCACUUGGACUUACGAACUGAGCCACAAAGACAAGAAAGCACCUCAGCCCAUCAAACAAUUCCGCUGUCCAUUUUUCACGAGUGAACCAACACUGGAGACUAUACCAACGCUUUUGACUGUACUGCAGAAUGUUAACAUGUGGCGAGAUAAGGCUGGCGACGGGCCUGUACUGGUUCAUUGCAGGGAUGGCGUGACAAAGAGUGGGUUGUUCUGCGUGGCUUGGACUGUGCUAGAAAGACUGAAGGUUGACCAGAACGUCAAUAUCCUACAGACCAUCAAGCAGAUGAGGAACAACAGACCGGAGAUUAUAACAGAUGUGGUAUGA